UAUAUAAGAUCACAUACUGCUCUUAUCUUCAUCCAACACAGCAUCUCUCUUUUAGGUCUUCUCUCACACACACAUACACACACUCUCUCUAUAUAAAAUGGAGGAUGAGCCACAUGAUGAGUACUCUCUAACCAUACCAUUCGUACUUGCCAAUGGUGGGAAUCAACACCAGCUUAAUGAGGAGGAGGCUGAGAGAGGAGAGUCAGUUAGUGAGCAUCAAAGUGCUGGCACCACCUCUUUUUCCAAGACCUGUUUCAAUGGACUCAAUGUUAUGUCAGGAGUUGGAAUACUGUCAGUUCCAUAUGCGCUAUCAUCAGGAGGGUGGCUGAGCUUGAUACUUCUAUUUGUCGUUGCCAUUGCAGCCUUCUACACAGGUUUACUGAUUAAAAGAUGCAUGGAUAUGGAUCCAACUAUCAGAACCUAUCCUGACAUUGGCGACCAAGCAUUUGGGAGCACAGGCAGAUUGUUGGUAUCAAUUUUUAUGAACACGGAGCUCUACUUAGUCGCGACAGGUUUCUUGAUUCUAGAAGGGGAUAAUUUAGAUAAUUUGUUACCCCAUGUGGGAAUUAAAAUUGGUGGGCUAAAAAUAAGUGGAAAACAAAGCUUCAUGGUGAUUGUUGGCCUUAUCACAAUGCCUACUGUUUGGUUAGACAACAUGAGCAUUCUUUCUUAUGUCUCUGCCACUGGAGUUCUAGCUUCCCUUGUCAUCCUUGGCUCGAUUUUGUGGGUUGGUGCAUUUGAUGGCGUUGGAUUCGACCAAAAGGGAAUGAUUCUAAAUUGGAAUGGACUUCCGAUUGCUGUCAGCUUAUAUGCCUUUUGUUAUUGUGCUCAUCCAGUUUUCCCUACUCUUUACACUUCUAUGAAGAAAAAGCAUCAAUUCUCAAAGGUUUUGCUCAUAUGCUUUGUCAUUUGCACCAUCAGUUAUGCAUCAAUGGCGAUUUUGGGGUAUUUAAUGUUCGGAUCAGACCUUCAAUCACAGAUAACAUUGAAUCUCCCAACAGACAAAGUUAGUUCAAGAGUGGCAAUAUGUACAACCUUGGUAACUCCCAUAUGCAAGUAUGCGUUGACGGUUAAACCGAUUGUGCAUGCUAUUGAAAACCGGCUUCAUCGUUACUGCAACAAGAAACCCUUUAGCCUCAUCCUGAUCAGGACCAUCUUGGUAAUGAGCACCAUUGUUGUAGCCGUGACUGUCCCUUUUUUCGGAUACCUCAUGUCACUUGUUGGAGCUUUUCUAAGUGUUACCGCUUCAUUUUUGCUGCCAUGCUUCUGCUACUUGAAAAUUUCCGGUGCUUAUCAGAGGCUUGGAUUUGAAUUGCUGAUCAUAAUUGUCAUUGUGCUUAUGGGUAUAUCAACUGUAUUGAUUGGUACCUACACAUCUUUGGUAGAAAUAAUAUCACAUUUGUAACCAGUAAGUGUUGAGACUUCUUUUAGUUUAGUUGAGAGUUUUUCUUAUUUAAUCUACUGAAAUGUUUGUAAGUAGUGAAUGCUUGUGUAUUCCAAGAUGGCAGUGUUUUCACUAUUACCUGUUUAAUUAAUUUGAAAAGUGAGAGAUUAGAAAUUGAAGGUUUGUGCCUAAACCUAUUACUCUAUUAGUAAAGUUCAGUGAU